UGGUUUCCUCUACUGUCUGCCUGUGGGUUCCGCUCGUAGGUUAUAUGAUUUUUUAACAUUUGUCUCAAGCGGCACAGCUUCCAGCAGAAGUUAACGAGAGGCUCAGUAGGUGGAGAUGAAGCGCCUUUAAUGGUGGAUAUGCUAAACCCUGAGGAAGAACAACUGUGGUGACUGACUUUGAAUGGAAACUCCCUUCUCCUGUUGUUGUUGUCAACAAAGUUUCGGCGUUAGAUGAAGUGAUUCGGCCUCUAGAAAGCUUUUAGAAACGGAGCAAGAAUGCGAGACCGAACCAAAGAACUGGGAAAUCCUGCAGAGGGUUCAGAUGAAGACGAAGAAGGCACAGCGCUCAUGGUAAAACCUGGCACAGGGACCUCAGGGAAGGAGGACAAAGAGAAUGAGGUUUCUUUAAAAGGUGAAACUGUCCAAGAGAUUCGGGAGGGCCUUGAAACGCUUAAGAAGAAAGUGUCUGAACUGGAGAACAAGCAGAAAACUGUUUUAGGGGUGGCACUCCCAGACGACAAUAUGAAGAAGGAACUUCAAGUCCUUCGGGAUGAGAUCAAAGUACUGGCUAGCCAGAUCCACAAGAAACUGAAGAGUCUUGAACCCAAAAAAACAGAUGAAGAUGGGAAAUAUGUUCCUAUAAAUACAAGAAUGCAAAGAACACAGCAUGCUGUCUUGUCCCGUGAUUUUGUGGAGGUGAUGGGGAAUUGUAACACGCUUCAGGCCUGGUACAGAGACAGAAAUGUGGAGAGGAUACAGAGACAACUCAAAAUCACUGGCAACAAUGUGACCGAUGAGGAGCUUGAGUCAAUGCUUGAGAGUGGACAGACCGAUGUGUUCACACAAAACAUUUUGACAGAUGCAAAAGCUACCAAGCAGGCACUGAAUGAGAUUGAAUCACGGCAUGAUGAGAUUCUCAAACUGGAAAGAAGCAUCAGAGACCUUCAUGACAUGUUCCAGUACCUCGCCAUGGAGGUUGAGGCCCAGGGUGAGAUGGUUAAUCGUAUUGAAAACAACAUCAUUAACUCUGCUAACUAUGUGGAGAACGCUGUUGCAGAAACUGCAGAAGCUGUUGUCUCUGAUAGGAAAAGCCGAAAGAAAAAGAUGUGGAUUGCGAUAUGCUGUACAAUUUUAAUUUUGAUAAUAGUAAUUGCCCUGGCUGCUAGUUUUAGCUGAGUGUUUUCUUCAUAUUUUCAUAUGUCCAUAGUAUAUUCACCUCUCCCAGAUCCUCUACUCAUCUACUGUUGCAGCUGAUAAAGUUACUCAGAACUACGUGUUAAUAGUCUAAUACAAUGGCUUUUUCUGUAUAUUGAAUUGCAGCCUCACAUUCAUUUAAACAUCACAUUGGAUCAUCUAGGAUGGUCUUCUUCCUAAAACUAGUACUUAUCAAGUAAUAUUGACUCUACAAAACCAUGGAGUUCUCAGGAAACCCAGGAUGAUAAAGCAAAUUCUUAAUAUAUAAACACUUAAUACACCGGAGAAACUCACUAUUGGAGAAUUGAGCUAUUUGCUUAUACCUCAGUGUGUUAAAUGUUUCUCUGUGUUGAUAUGUAUUGUUUUGUGAGUUGUUGAGAAGGAUGCUGUUUCAAGACUUGAAAUUUCUUGAGAUGAUCAGCCACCACACCUCUGUAUAUAUACUACUUUUUUAUUGCUUUUACAUUGCAGUAUCUGCUCCUGAAAUAAUUCUUACUGCUCGUGUCAUAAAAUAACAUAUUAAGGGCUAUUUUAUUUUCUCAGAUAACGUCAUAGAGCUCCAUUUACUCAUAUAGCAAGAGCCACUACCUAGAACUGCCUUUAGGAAGCUGAAAUUGUUUGUAACUUCAUUGCAAGGGAAACACUGAGAAAGGUGCUUUUUAUAUGUACAGUAACUUACUCUCAAGUGCCUCUGGCUUAGUGUUACAGUGAGUUAUGAUUGUGUGCUUUCUCAGUACAUUUAGUGGAGGGUAAGAUCAGAGAGACUGCAGUAUUGUUGGGGCAUGAUAUGAUGUCACUUUGUACUAAACUGUCUGAUCAGAGUUAUUUUAAUGUAGAACUGCUGUUUUUAAAUAAAAUAUAUCUUACACUAA